AUGCCUCUGCCUCAGCUUUCAGGCUGGGUGUUGGCUAGCACAAUGGCCGCUGAGGCAUUUGCACUGCUGCGCUCCGUGCUGAAGGAUCCUGAGCACUUUGAGAGGCCCAAAGUUUUCGACCCCAGGCACUUCCUGGAUGAGAAGGGGCAAUUCAAGAAGAAUGAGGCCUGUCUGCCCUUCUCCAUUGGGAAGUGUAUCUGGCAGAACUUCUACUUCAAGUCUCUUGUUGACCGCCAGGACCUCAACAUCUCCCUGGAACUGGUGGCCUUUGCCACCCUGCCCCUCAGCUACAAGAUCUGCUUCAUCCCAUGCUAG